AAUUGCCUGUUUUGCAACACGUUGAAUUUACGAAACACAUAUGUUGGAAAAAACUAGUGUGCUAAAAUUUAUGUUAAAAUAAAUUACCUAUGUGGAAAUUCGUAUUACACCUUUUACCUUACUUUGUACUUCAAUACCAUGUAAGGCAAACCCAUGGCGAAAUAUAUACUUACGAAGACGUGGAACUAAGAAGAAUAUUUGCAAAUGAAUUCCCUCAAGACACUGUCAGGAAAAGUGGAGCGUUAGAUGCAGAGCAUUUAGGCCGAUACAGCGAACUAAAGAGUUAUUAUGAAAAUCCAAAAGCUAAAUUCAACAGCCAUUUCGAAGAAUUGACAUGUUAUAAUAAGGAAGAAGGAAAAAUGUGUAGUGUGGACAUGGACCGAUAUUCGCCUGAAGAAAAUCAGUACUAUAUGUCAUCAAAGUUAGAGAGCCACACAGACCGACGCCGCGUCUUCUGUUUUAUGUUGCUCUGCUUCACCGAAGACGAGCUGGAUAGAGUUGUUGCAUCUUUUUGA